AUGGUUGAUACUGUGAGACGUAGGUUGUCUACAUGGAACAAUAAUUAUCUUUCAAUCGGAGGACGUAUUAUUCUAUUGAAUUCGGUUUUAUGUGCAAUUCCUGUCUAUUUCCUUUCCUUCUUUAAGGCUCCGGCAGAGUCGUUUAGGAGGGAGGGAGAAGAGUUGGUGUGGAAGGAUGGUUGGGCAGCUAAUUUAAACGAGGAAAACUAUAGAUUAAAGAAGAAAAUUGUAGGCAACUUCCGAGGACUAACGUUGAAGGAAAAUGUGGAGGAUUGGUGGAUAUGGGCUAAGAAGACGUAUUCCGUGAAGGACGCUUAUACAGAAAUUAUGGAGGGGUAUCACCUGCUGAAUAUUGAAGACCAAGGCUUGGUGGCUGUUUGGAACAAAAUCGUUCCUCUAAAAGUGUUGGUGUUAGUCUGGAGGAUGUGGCAAAACAAAAUCCCGACGAGAGAUGAUUUAAUCAAGCAAGGUAUAGCAGCUGAAUCUCAAGGGUCCUGUCCAUUUGGAUGUGGAAAGGAGGAGAGCGUGAAUCAUAUUUUCUUCGAGUGCCUAAUAGCAACAUUUUCGUGGAGUGAUAUCGUGAGAUGGUUGAAUAUUAAAGGAGUCUUUCAUAAUACUGCUACGCAGAAUUUCUAUCUAUUUGCAUAUUUCAAUAAUAGUGGUAGGAGCAUACAGGAAAAAUUUCUUGUCAUUUGGUAUGCUUGUGUUUGGAUUAUUUGGAAAAGACGGAAUGACAUAGUGUUCAAAAAGAAGCAUAAGUUGGGAGAAGCUUUUAUCUACGACAUCCAAUUGACAUCUUGGUGGUGGCUUCGGAGUAAGGUUAAAAGGUUCCAAUAUUCGUUUUACCAGUGGAUUUUUAAUCCAAAAGCUUGUCUGGGAUGGAAUGAUGGAUAUAAGGUGGUUGUGUAA